AUGAGAUUCCGCUGGGCCACCGGCCUUCUGGUCGUCCUAGCUACGUCCGAAGCAGUCGGCGCGAGCAACUGGUUUAGUCGAUCGGAGCUGACAGAUUUGUUACCAGUCUACAAUAGCUGGCACGAGACCGAACUAGAGCGAUGGCUAGGCGACCAUGACAUCCCUUACCCUACUCCAGCCGAUCGCAAAGACUUGGAGAAGUUGGUCAAAACCAACUGGAAUGCAAAAGUGCAGGUUCCCCUUGCUGAAGUAUCUGAAACAACUUCAGGCCACCUUAGCAAUGUCAAAGAAUGGAUUUUUGACAGCUGGACUGAAUCUCGUUUGAAAGCAUUCCUUGAUCGUCACGGCAUCCCGGCACCUCAGCCACGCAGGCGCGACACACUCCUUCGUGCUGCGCGUGAAAACUAUGAUACAAUUGCGAAAAAGAUCGGGGAGACGGCUGCCUAUCCUGGAAAUUGGUUGUACGAAGAGUGGACGGAGUCGGAUUUGAAAGAAUGGCUAGACACACAUGGAUGGCCAGCUCCUCAACCGACCACCCGUGAUCGCCUCAUUGCAGCUGUUCGACGCCAGUCGCGCCUUGCAAGCCUUGCUGCUAAGCAGGCUGCUGCUUCUGUAUCUUCCUCUGCAGCAGCCGCUCAGCACACUCUCAGCGAGGCUCUUUUCGAAGCGUGGUCUGACUCACAGUUGAAGAAGUUCCUCGAUGAGCACGGUGUCAAGGUACCACAGGGAUCGAAGCGCAAUGAGCUUAUUGCAUUGGCACGCAAGAACCGAAAGUACCUGUUCGAUCAGGCCUCUACCGUUUCUGCGUCCGCUGCGAGCGCCUAUGGCGCUGCCACUUCUAAGGCUGGAAACGAAUACGCUCAUGCAACAGACGAUGCACAGCUCAAGGCGGAGUAUGCAUUUGAUGCCGUCGUAGAAAAAUGGUCUGAUUCUCGCUUGAAGGCUUUCCUAGACGCUCGUGGUGUUCCUGUUCCUCAGCAUUCGAAGCGUGAUGAGCUUCUUGCCAAAGUCCGACUUCACAAACACAAGGCUGCUACUAGCUACAGCGCUUGGACAUUUGACACUUGGACUAUCGACAAUUUGAAGAAAUAUCUGUCAUCUGCCAACAACAAAGCCGCUCAUAAAGCCGAUGCUACCCGCGAGGAACUUGUAAGGCAUGCCCAAGAGCAAUAUGCCAAGGCAUCCAAGGCUGGCGGCAAUCAGUAUGCCUCUGUUACAUCAUAUCUUGCGCAGGCUACAGCUGGAGCUAAGAAAGACACAUUCAACGAAUGGUCCGAAUCUGAUCUGAAGAAAUACCUCGACUCGUAUGGAAUUCCCACAUACCAGGGAUCUCAAAUCAAUGAGCUCCGUGCUGCAGUCCGUCGCAACGCCCAAUACUUUCACUACGGAACUUCUUCUCCUUCUGAAACCAUCCUCGCUCGUUUCAGGGAAGCAAUCAACUGGUUGGUGAAUCAACUGAAGCUUGGCGCCGCCCUUGGUUGGUCUCAGGGCCACGAUGCCGCCGAGUCCGCCAAAGCGAAGGCCGCCCAGACGACUGAGAAGAUACGAGAGGAGUUAACCAACCCACACCCACAAUCUCUGGAUAAUCUUCUGAAUUACCCACUCUCAGUCAAUUCGUGUCUCUCUCUCUCACUUGAAUCAACCAUGAGCGCUGACCCAAGGCUUUGCCCUAGCGGCCAGAUCUACUACCCACCUCGCUUCCCAAUACAGCCUCCGCACGAGCAUAUUUCUCCCAACUGGCUCAUAACAGUCGAAUACAGCGCUGUCGAGUUUACCACUGAGCGUGGCUUCCCCGAUAUUGGAGGAUACAUCUUCAUGCGAAAAGCCAUCGACAUCACCAGGGCCAGAAACCCCGCGGAAAUUCGGCUUUUCCAGCGUAUAGACUCCAUUGAAACCCUCAGCAAUCUCGCCGGUCUCCCCCAAAUAGCUCGAUACAGAAUCCAAAUCUGCUUCCAACAAAGAGCCGCUGAAAUGCGAGGCCGUGCUGCGAGCGCACGGCUUGAUUUCUGGUCUCUGUUCCACACUAUGUACAUCAAGGAUAUGAUGUUUUUCAGGACUCUGUUGCUGAGGAGAUAUCCUGGUCUGAUGCAAGAUAUCAACUGGGGUUUCUUGCUUCGUGACCCGUCCACUGAUGUCGCCGUUAUGGUCUAUCUCUGGAUACUGGGCAUCUGGCAUAGCAUGCAGAAUCGCGCGGCGGCUCGCUUGCCGAUAUUGGCUGAUCAGCUUCGUGUUUUGGUUCCGUGUCAGCAUUAUUUCGGUAUCACUGAGUGA